AACAAGAGCUUAGAGCUUUCGUCAACACCAUCCUCACACCCUCGCACGAGCCCACCGUCCCAACUUUUCCCACAACUUGCACAACUUGUACGAUACCACGAAGAACAGACGAAAAGCUCUACAUACGAGCUAAACCCCGCGCAUCCGCGCACACCGUCCCCAACCAUGGAUCUCCUCCAAGGUCAGUAGUCUGUCCUUCCCACUCCAAUGCCAACAAGCAGCUAACACACAGAGAAAAAGAAUACACACCCUACCUUCUACAAGCCUACCAAACCUCCGAACCCUACAUUCAACCCGUCCUCACACCCGUCCUCACAACCAUCACCACCCUCCGUCAAACCACCUACCCGCUCCUCGUACCGUCCCUGAACACUGCCCUGCAAUACGCCCAGCAACAGCCCGCCAUCGUCUCCGUCGUCGUCUUUUUGUUCAUCCUCUUUGUGGCGCUGAAGGUGUUGGCGUUUAUACGGAGGGUGAUUGCCUUCUGGGUGUGGGUGGUGAUGAGACUGGUGUUCUGGGCGGGGAUUGGGUUGGUGGGUGCGUUGGUUUAUCAGAGGGGGCUCGAGAGGACGGUGGGGGAUAUUGCCGGGUGGGUGGGGGUGGUUAGUGAGGUGUGGGUGAGGGAGUAUGAGAGGUAUCAGAAGGGGCAGGGUGGUGGGGAGUUUGGGGGUAGAGAUUAUAUGGCUAGCAGUAACGGGGGGAGUGAGUUGCGGUAG